CAGACAGUUUGACAGUCACUCACUGAGCUUUGCAUCGCGUGCGCACAGACACAACUUAUCCGCUGCGCGUCAGGACUGCAAGUCGUUCGCGCCACUCUCCCAUCCGUUCCCAUGUUUAGGAUGCUACAAACACCACAGCUCCGUCAAGGCGUGAUUGCACUUUUCAUGUGGUUCACUCACUUUAUGGAGGACUACAAAGUCCAGGCGGGUAACUGCUGGUUGCAGCAGGGAAAGAAUGGCCGGUGCCAGGUGCUCUACAUGUCCGGGAUGACCCGAGAGGACUGCUGCCGGAGUGGCCGUCUGGGCACCGCAUGGACCGAGGAAGAUGUGCCCAACAGCACGCUGUUCCGAUGGAUGAUCUUCAAUGGAGGCGCGCCUAAUUGCAUACCUUGUAAAGAAACAUGCGAUAGCGUUGACUGCGGUCCUGGGAAGAGAUGCAAGAUGAACAAGAGGAACAAGCCCAGGUGUGUGUGUGCUCCGGACUGCUCCAAAGUCACAAGGAGGGGGUCCAUCUGUGGGUCGGAUGGAAAAUCCUACAAGGAUGAGUGUACAAUGCUCAGGGCCCGCUGCAGGAACCAUCCUGACCUGGAGGUCCAGUACCACGGACGCUGCCGCAAGACGUGUCAUGGAGUUCGCUGCCCUGGCUCUGCGUCGUGUGUCGUGGACCAGACCAACAAUGCCUACUGUGUGGCCUGUAAUCACCAGUGUCCAGAGGUGAAGUCACCUGACCAGUACCUGUGUGGCAACGACGGCGUUGUUUAUGCCAGCGCCUGUCAUCUGAGGAGAGCCACGUGCAUCCUGGGAAGGUCCAUUGGCGUGGCGUACGAAGGGAAAUGCAUUGACGCCCGGUCAUGUGGCGACAUCGUGUGUCGGGGAGCGAAAAGGUGUCUGUGGGAUGAAGCGAGUGGCCGCGGACGCUGCUCUGUGUGUGACGAGCCAUGUCCGGAGAGUCGCCCGGGUGAGAGUGUGUGCUCCAGCGACAACAACACCUACCCCAGCGAGUGUUCCAUGAGGCAGGCCGCAUGCGCUCAGCAGCGUCACCUGGAGGUCAAACACUCAGGAUCCUGCAACUGUUUAAACCAGGUUUAAACCAUCACCCCACUGCCCAGCCCAGCCCCCCCUCUCAGCCUCCAGCCUCUCUCAUAACCACAAUCACUUUUCUUUAUGUCCCGUACUCUGGUCCAUGGAAGAAGAGAAGCAGACUGUCAGUGAAUCAAGUCAAGGAAAAUUUGAUUAAUGUUGGAGUUGGAUUCUGUGCUGUUGUUAGGGUCAAUGGGGCGGUGGUUAGAGAAUUGGACUAGUAGUUAGUUAGAGCAUUAGUAGUGGUUAGAGCGUUGGACUAGUAACUGAAAGGUUGCAAGAUCGAAUCCCCUAGCUGACAAGGUAAAAAUCUGUCGAUCUGCCCCUGAACAAGGCAGUUAACCCACUGUUCCUAGGCCGUCAUUGAAAAUAAGAAUUUGUUCUUAACUGACUUUCCUAGUAAGAUGAAAUAAAAUAAAUAAACAAUUAUGCUUAAUUUUGCUGUGAGAUUCUGUGCUGUUGUUAGGGUCAAUGAUGCUAAAUGUUGCAGUGAGAUUCUGUGCUGUUGUUAGGGUCAAUGAUGCUUAAUGUUGCAGUGAGAUUCUGUGCUGUUGUUAGGGUCAAUGAUGCUUAAUGUUGCAGUGAGAUUCUGUGCUGUUGUUAGGGUCAAUGAUGCUUAAUGUUGCAGUGAGAUUCUGUGCUGUUGUUAGGGUCAAUGAUGCUUAAUGUUGCAGUGAGAUUCUGUGCUGUUGUUAGGGUCAAUGAUGCUUAAUGUUGCAGUGAGAUUCUGUGCUGUUGUUAGGGUCAAUGAUGCUUAAUGUUGCAGUGAGAUUCUGUGCUGUUGUUAGGGUCAAUGAUGCUUAUGUUGCAGUGAGAUUCUGUGCUGUUGUUAGGGUCAAUGAUGCUUAAUGUUGCAGUGAGAUUCUGUGCUGUUGUUAGGGUCAAUGAUGCUUAAUGUUGCAGUGAGAUUCUGUGCUGUUGUUAGGGUCAAUGAUGCUUAAUGUUGCAGUGAGAUUCUGUGCUGUUGUUAGGGUCAAUGAUGCUUAAUGUUGCAGUGAGAUUCUGUGCUGUUCUUAGGGUCAAUGAUGCUUAAUGUUGCAGUGAGAUUCUGUGCUGUUGUUGGGGUCAAUGAUGCUUAAUGUUGCAGUGAGAUUCUGUGCUGUUGUUAGGGUCAAUGAUGCUUAAUGUUGCAGUGAGAUUCUGUGCUGUUGUUAGGGUCAAUGAUGCAACUGCUAGUAGACAAUUUGUUCUUCCAUAUAUCCGUCAUCAGACAGGGAAGCUUGAGGAAGAGGGGAAGGAAGAAGAGGAGAAAGAAGAGCAGGAAUACUAGGAUUUUCUUCAUCAAUAUGUCCUGGAAUACAGCCUGGAUGAUAAACCUUAUAAUAGCUGAAUAGUGUUUCAGUUCAGCCACAGAAUACUGUUCAUAUUGUAUAUAAAGUGUAUGCUUAUUUAUUGUCCAUGGAAGAGAAAUAAGCCAGGGUCUCCCGAACUCGGUCCUCAGGACCCCAAGGGGUGCACGUUUUGGUUUUUGUCCUAGUACUACACAGCUGAUUCAAAUUAUCAACUAAUCAUCGAGCUUUGGUCGUUUGAAUUGACUGUGUAUUGUUAGGGCAAAAACCAAAACAUGCAGCCCUUUGGGUGCCCAGGACCGAGUUUGAGAAACCCUGGCUGAACUAAGCAAUCAUAUAUUUGAAAUCUUGUAGGUGUUGUUUACUUGUAUGUAUUUAUAAAUGUUGUUUAUUAUUUAUACAUUAACAGUGUCCGUCUGUCUUACUGUAUACCUAAUGUCUCUUGCAUUUUAUCCAAAGAGAAAAUGUAUUAUUUAUUUGAGGUGCAAUACUGCCCACAUUGAUGUUCUUGUUCUGUAAACUCCUGCAAUGCAUUCUCUAUCUGAGCUGUACACAUCUGCUUAUUGUGGGCAAGAUUUGGAUUUACCCCUUCUUCCUACAUUGUGAAAUGUUGGCUAGCGUGUUUAAUGUGUUCCAGUUUAUUUUAUGACGAACUUGUUGCUCACCAAUGUAUAUACCCUAGUGAGAGAGAGGUUUUGUUGACCCAAAGCUGACCUAAAUGGCUUUGUCUAGUCUUUUGUUGAACAAAAGUUACCCGUCCUAGUCCCACUACAGUACAUAGCGAUACUUUUAACGAGUCACUAUGGUCUCUCUCCCUUCAGAAAAUGACUAGCUUUGUUUAUUAAGGGGAGCAGGAUGGAUGCCACUAAAACAAUGUACAGUUGAAGUCGGAAGUUUACAUACACUUAGGUUGGAGUCAUUAAAACU